GUCUCCAAGUACAAGGAGAAGUCAACUACUCGUGUGACAACUACUGAGGCUCCCUCAACAACUGCCCAACCUUCAACAACUGCCCCACCCUCAACAACUGCCCCACCUUCAACAACUGCUCCACCUUCAACUACUGCCCCACCUUCAACAACUGCUCCACCUUCAACAACUGCCCCACCUUCAACAACUGCCCCACCUUCAACAACUGCCCCACCUUCAACAACUGCCCCACCUUCCAAACUGCCCCACCUUCAACAACUGCCCCCCCUUCAACAACUGAUCCACCUUCAAAAACUGCCCACCUUCAACAACUGCCCCACCUUCAACAACUGCCCCACCUUCUACAACUGCCCCACCUCAACAACUGCCCCACCCUCAACAACUGCCCCACCAUCAACAACUGCCCACCUUCAACAACUGCUCCACCUUCAACUACUGCUCCACCUUCAACAACUGCUCCACCUCAACAACUGCCCCACCUUCAACAACUGCUCCACCUUCAACAACUGCCCACCUUCAACAACUGCUUCACCUUCAACAACUGCCCCACCCUCAACAACUGCCCCACCUUCAACAACUGCCCCACCUUCAACAACUGCCCCACUUCAACAACUGCCCCACCUUCAACAACUGCCCCACCUUCAACAACUGCCCCACCUUCAACAACUGCCCCACCUUCAACAACUGCCCCACCUUCAACACCUGCCCACCUUUCAACAACUGCCCCACCUUCAACAACUGCCCCACCUUCAACAACUGCUCCACCUUCAACAACUGCCCACCUUCAACAACUGCUCCACCUUCAACAACUGCCCCACCUUCACAAUGCCCCACCUUCAACAACUGCUCCACCUUCAACAACUGCCCCACCCUCAACAACUGCCCCCCUUCAACAACUGCCCCACCUUCAACAACUGCCCCACCUUCAACAACUGCUCCACCUUCAACAACUGCCCCACCUUCAACAACUGCCUCACCUUUCAACAACUGCCCCACCUUCAACAACCGCCCCACUUCAACAACGCCCCACCUUCAACAACUGCCCACCUUCAACAACUGCCCCACCUUCAACAACUGCCCCACCCUCAACAACUGCCCACCUUCAACAACUGCCCCACCCUCACAACUGCCCCACCUUCAACAACCAAGGAGGAACAACAGUUGUGA